GGGGGGGUGGUGGUGUCCCAGGUGGAGGGCGGGGGUCAGUCGGUCACUCCUGGGCGUCGCUCUGCCCCCGGGGCUUGGCGCCGCCAUGGAGAGCGGGGGGAAGCCCUCGCUGGGCCAGUUCAUCCUCCUGGGCACCAGCUCGGUCGUCACCGCCGUGCUGUACUCGGUGUACCGGCAGAAGGCCCAGGUCUCCCGAGAGCUCAAGGGAGCUAAAAAAAUCCACUUGGGUGAAGAUUUAAAGAGUAUUCUUUCAGAAGCUCCAGGAAAAUGUGUACCUUAUGCAGUUAUUGAAGGAGCUGUGCGGUCUGUUAAAGAAACACUGAACAGCCAGUUUGUGGAAAACUGCAAAGGGGUGAUUCAGCGGCUGACGCUGCAGGAGCACAAGAUGGUGUGGAAUCGAACAACGCACCUGUGGAAUGACUGUUCCAAGAUCAUCCACCAGAGGACCAACACGGUGCCCUUUGACCUGGCGCCCCACGAGGACGGCGUGGGCGUGGCUGUGCGCGUGCUGAAGCCCCUGGACGCGGUGGAUCUGGGCCUGGAGACGGUGUACGAGAAGUUCCACCCCUCGGUGCAGUCCUUCACUGAUGUCAUCGGCCACUACAUCAGCGGCGAGCGACCCAAAGGCAUCCAGGAGACGGAGGAGAUGCUGAAGGUGGGGGCCACGCUCACGGGCGUCGGCGAGCUGGUCCUGGACAACAGCGCCGUCCGCCUGCAGCCCCCUAAGCAGGGCAUGCAGUACUACCUCAGCAGCCAGGACUUCGACAGCCUGCUGCAGAGGCAGGAGUCCAGCGUGCGACUCUGGAGGGUCCUGGUGCUGGUUUUCGGCUUUGCCACAUGCGCCACGCUGUUCUUCAUCCUGAGGAGGCAGUACCUGCAGCGGCAGGAGCGCCUGCGCCUGCAGCAGAUGCAGGAGGAGUUCCGAGAGCACGAGGCCCAGCUGCUGAGCCAGGCCCGGCCCGAGGACAGGGAGAGCCUGAAGAGCGCCUGUGUCGUGUGUCUGAGCAACUUCAAGUCCUGUGUCUUCCUGGAGUGCGGCCACGUGUGCUCCUGCAGCGAGUGCUACCGCGCCCUGCCCGAGCCCAAGAGGUGCCCCAUCUGCAGGAGGGAGGUCACCCGCGUGGUGCCCCUGUACAACAGCUAGUCGGGCAGCCCCUCCCCUCCCCGUGCGCUUGCAGGGGUGGGUCCUCCUGGAGGGCGGGGGAGCUCUUCCCCGCAGGAACUCCGCCAGCUGAGAGCCCCGGGCUGGGGGCUGGGGCGCGGUCGCGUGAGGCCUCUUCCUGGAAACGCGAGAGCACCAAAGCCAGUGACUUCAGUCCUCCUGCUCCUCUGGCUGCUGGUGUCUGGCCGGUGUUGCUUGCUACAGGCUCGGAGGACUGAGCACGGGGCGAGGGCAGGUGGGGCUCUGAGCACAGGGACGCCUGGCGGAGCUGCCUCUGGAGAGACGGGUCAAGUCUCUCCCUUUGCCUCCACCCGAGAUAGGCCGUCCUCUGGGGAGACGGCUGGGGUCUCUGCCUCCGCCCGAGACAGGUGUCCUCUGGAGAGGUGGCUGGGGUCUCUGCCUCUGCCCGAGACAGGUGUCCUCUGGGGAGACGGCUGGGGUCUCUGCCUCCUCCCGAGACAGGUGUCCUCUGGGGAGGGCUGGGGUCUCUCCCUUUGCCUCCACCCGAGACAGGCUAGACAGCUCCAGAGUGUCCAGCCGCAGGAGGCACGUUGUCCUUUUCUCCUCGCUCGCCUCCCACACGGGGGCACCUGUGUGGAGAGGACAGAGGGAGUGAAGUCUGCAGACCUGCGUCUGCCUGGACCCUGAGCGGCAGGAGGAAGAGCGGUCUCGUCUCCACUGACCCGGGAGGCCGCCCCAGGGCCCUCUGCCAGCCAGAUCCAGAACAGCUGGGGAGGGCAGAGCGUGCGUGGUUGCCCUGCCGAGGCUCAGUGGCAAGGCCCCACAGCUGCAGGAAGCAGGCGGGACACGCGGCCCUAACUCCUGGCUUUCGCAGCUUUUUUUUUUUUUUUUUUGCAAGGUUUUACAAGUCGCCAGCACCUGGAGCACCACACCUUUCACCGCUGCCCCUGCUCUGGCCCGUGGCAAAAUUAACAUCCCCUGGGCGCGGCCACCCUGCCCCCUCCCCACACCUGCCCUGCUGAGCCCGGGAGUGCUGGCGGCAGGUCCUUCCUCGCCGCCCCGUGGGCACGAGCCGCACAGGGCUGUUUUCUCUCUGCCUUCGCCUCCUGGUCCUCUGCGUGGGAGGAGGGGAGCUCUCAGGGGUGACAGUGCCCAGCGUGAACGGCACAGAUUAAACACGUUGCAGCCAAGUGUUGGCCUCUUGCUUUGUUACCAAGAGUUCAGGGGCUAACCUGAGGCUUCCACA